GAUAUGCGAGGCAUAUUUAAUUUCUUAGCAUUCACGCAACUCUAGAGCGAAAUCAGAUCUUCGAAUCGUGAGUAAGCGAAAAUGUGGUCAAUGAGUGUGAUAAGGCGCACUGUACUGUCCAGCGCGUUUAGAGCUUCUUCUUCACCGAGGACAUGUCUUCUUGGUGGUGGGUUUAGGAGCUUCACCGCCAAAACAUCACCGGACGAGGAGGAGCAAAAGAAGAAGGAGAUCACUCUAACGGAGGCAAAGAAGCUAAUGAGGCUGGUGAAUCUUGAAGACAUGAAGAAGAAGCUUGUCGGUACCGCGGAGAGAGACGUCGUCCCUUACAGUGCACUUCUUGAAGCCUCUCAGGGAAUGGGUCUCGUUAGAUCUCCCGACGAAGCUCAAGUCUUCGCUCGCGUCCUCGACGAUGCCGGCGUCGUCUUGAUCUUCCGGGACAAAGUUUAUCUUCAUCCAGACAAGGUGGUGGAUCUGAUCAGACGAGUGUUCCCUACGGAUGAAACUCCAGAGGAAGCUCAGAUCAAGGAAGAGUUCAACAAGAUGAGGACCAUGAAGGAAGAGAUCGAUGUAUUAGCUCACAGACAAGUGAGGAAAAUACUCUGGUUCGGUCUGGCUACAGCGAUAGUUCAGAUCAGUCUCUUCGUUAGACUAACUUUCUGGGAGUUCUCGUGGGAUGUGAUGGAACCAAUCACGUUCUUCGCUACGGCGACAAGUAUCAUCUUGGGGUAUGCUUACUUCUUGAUAACUUCGAGUGAUCCGACUUAUCAAGAUCUUAUGAAGAGAUUGUUUCUCUCGAGGCAGAGGAAGUUGUUGAAAACCCAAAGGUUUGAUGCCGAAAGGUUUCAGGCGUUGGAGAUGAUGCACAAAGCGACCUCUUCUCAUGCAGCUGCGUCUAUAAGGAACCGUGUUGGGUUAGAACUUGAUCUGGAUGAUGCUUUGCAGAGUCGCAAGGAUUGAUUUUAAACAAACAAAGUUACUCAUUUUAUGUCUUUUCUUAUUUUGGAUCAUCUUUAUGCUUCUUGAUUAUACAUAAGUAUCCAUUAAUAUU